AUGGACACCCGCGACACCACAGGUGCUGUACUUGUUAAAGAGAAUAUUGAUAAUUGCUGCCUGUACUUUCCUGCUGAGGUCGGUCUUAAGACAGGUUCACUUUACCGGACAAUAGAGGCGAAGGUGCAUGAUGGAGAUUUGAGGGGGGCGGUCCGUCUUCUCUUCUCUGAUUCUACUCUCGCGCCGGCUAAUGGGGACACACUGGAGGCUUUGGUCGGGAAGCACCCAUCACCUUCAAGGCAGCUGAAUUUUCCCCCUGAGCCUGAUCUGGCUAGUCCAUUCCUGACCGUGACGCAGGAGGAGGUUGUGGGCGCUUUGGGGUCCUUUUACAAUGGGUCUGCUUCUGGGCUCGAUGGUUUGCGCCCCCAGCAUCUAAAAGAGUUAACCUCGGUGUCGGCCGGUGAUAAUGGGGGGAAACUCUUGGAAUCUCUUACAAGGCUCUGUAACUUCCUUUUACGUGGCAUGGUUAAUCCCCAAGCUUGUCCGUAUUUAUAUGGGGCAUCCCUGUGUGCUUUAGCGAAGAGGGAUGGUGGGGUUAGGCCAAUUGCUGUUGGGAACACGUUGAGGCGCCUUGUUUCCAAGCUUGCUUGUCGUGCAGUCAAGGAGGAGAUGGCGGAAUUUCUUCAGCCGUGCCAGGUUGGUUUUGGUACGCCUUUGGGGUGUGAGGGAGCCAUCCAUGCAGUGCGAUCUUAUGCUAUGGCUCCGGAAAAUGAUUCCGGGGUUGUUUUAAAGGUGGAUAUUAAAAACGCUUUUAAUACUGUAGAGAGAGAUGUAAUUUUGAGGGAGGUUAGGGAUCGUGUGCCUUCGUUAUAUCCCUACCUUCAUCAAUGUUAUUUCUCCCCCACCAAUCUCUUCUAUGGCACUAAUCUGAUUGCAUCACGGGUGGGUGCUCAGCAGGGGGAUCCGCUAGGGCCUCUUCUUUUUUGCCUAGCCGUGCAAAGUAUUGUAAAAUCAUUAUCCUCCCCGUUAAACGUAUGGUACUUGGAUGACGGGACGUUAGGUGGUGCGCCAGAUGUUGUGUUGGGGGAUGUGCGGCAGCUUGUGCAGGCUUUAUCAGCCAUUGGCUUGCAAAUAAAUGCUGAGAAGUGUGAAUUGUUUCUUUGCAGCCCAGAUGCUAUGCAUUCCAUAGCUGAUUUUGAAGCGAUUUUGCCCGGGGUGAAGGUGGUGGAGAGGUCAUCGCUGUCACUCCUUGGGGCGCCGAUUUUUCCGGAAGGGGUUGGUCAGGUGGUCCAGGAGAAGACCGUGGCGCUUUCAGAAUCUAUGAAGCACUUGCAGCAUUUGUCGGCGCAUGUAUCUUUGGUGUUGUUGCGUAACUGUUUAUCAAUUCCACGCGUGACAUACACUUUGAGAACGGCGCCGACGUGGAUGCAUGGGCAGGCUGUGUUACGGUUCGAUCAGAUACUACAAAACGGUCUGGAGUCUAUUCUUAAUGUCAGAUUUGAGGAAUCUCAGUGGUGUCAGGCUACUCUUCCCAUACGACAUGGUGGUUUGGGGGUGCGUCGCAUGCAUGAUGUGGGACUUGUAGCUUUUCUGGCUUCCUCGCAUGCAUCGCGGGGACUAGUUGCGCGCAUUUUGUCCCUCAAUGAGGUCGACGUCCACAUGCCUUUUUUGGGUGCUGCGUUGGAUGAGUGGACUGUUCGCUGUUCUGGCGGUACGCGGCCGGACGACCUUGGGGCUCAGAGGUCGUGGGAUGACGUUUUAUGCCGUCAGACGUAUGAGCAGUUGCUGGAAGGGGCAUCAGGGGUAGAACAGGCUCGGCUGAAAGCGGUAGCUGCACCCGAGUCUGGGGCCUGGCUGCACGCCUUACCGUCGUCGCACUUGGGGACGUUGUUAGAUAACGAUUCCCUAAGGAUUGGUGCUGCGUUAAGGCUCGGGUGUAAUGUGUGCGAGCCACAUUUGUGCGUCUGUGGGGUUAUGGUGGAGGCGAACGGGCACCAUGGAUUGAGUUGUGUGCGGUGUGCUGGUAGGUUUCCUCGUCAUCAUGCGAUUAACGAUAUCGUUCGCAGGGCGAUGGUGUCGGCAAACCUGCCGUGCGUGUUGGAGCCCCAGGGUCUUAGUCGGACGGACGGGAAGCGGCCUGACGGUCUCACCCUUGUUCCUUGGGCUAAGGGGCGGAGUCUGCUGUGGGAUGCUACAUGUAUAACUUACGUGUAA